CAAAAUGAAAACGAAAUGGAAACACAUCCAAACGCGGCCUCCAUGCUAAGAAGCAGAAGCCUACCUUAUUCUUCUUCUCGUCUUUCUAAACCAUUGCUAGCUCUCAGUACGAGGAUGCUGUCUCCCUCUUCUCCUUCUUCUUCAGCAACCGCUUCAUCCGAAACAAGAAAAGGUUACCCUUCACUGAACCCUAAACCCUCAUUCAGUAACCUUUCUCUAUUCCCCCAAAAUCCUCAUCACACUCUUCAAACCAUGACGAUUUCUAACUGUUUCUCUCAUUCUGGGCCCACUAACCCUAUUCCGAUUUCUGAAUUGCACGAAGCUGAUUCGGUCGACUCUCUCGUUGUGGUUUCGUUCUACAAGUUCGCUGAUUUUCAUGAUCAUGCUCUUUUGCGUCAACCACUGAAGCAACUUUGUCAACAAUUGCGUGUUUCAGGCGGUAUCAUUCUUGCACCUGAAGGGAUUAAUGGCAGCAUAUGUGGCACACAGGAGUCGGUGGAGAAAGUCCUUGCAUUUAUUCAGAGUGAUGAUCGUCUAAAGGGGCUUAGACGUAUUGAAUCGCCUGUCACUCCCGAGGAUGAGGCCAUCCAUCACGGUCAACAUGGACAUAGUGCCAGUUCUCCACUUGCUGCUGGUGAAGAUGUUCCUUUCCGAUGGGAUCAUGUGAGAGUCAAGUUGAAGAAAGAGAUUGUCACUCUUGGGAUGCCUACUAUAUCGCCUAUUGAAAGGGUUGGAAAAUAUGUUGGCCCUAAUGAAUGGAAUUCUUUGAUUAGCGAUCCGGAUACAGUAGUAAUUGAUGUGCGCAAUAACUACGAAACCAGAAUAGGAAAGUUUAAAGGUGCAGUGGAUCCUUGUACCACAUCGUUUCGAGAAUUUCCGUCUUGGGUGGAGGAACGUUUCCAGCUUACCAGAACAGAUGCUGAUAAUCCAAAAGGUGAUGUAAACCAUUCAGACCAAAGUGCUGAAAAAGAAACAGAGAAUCCAAAACAUUUGCCGCGUGUUGCUAUGUAUUGCACUGGGGGUAUUCGAUGUGAGAAAGCUUCAAGCCUACUUCUUAGCCAAGGUUUCAAAGAGGUUUAUCACUUGGAAGGUGGAAUUCUGAAAUAUCUUGAGGAGGUUCCAGAGAGACAAAGCCUCUGGGAAGGAGAGUGCUUUGUUUUCGACAAGCGAGUCUCCGUGGAGCAUGGUUUGGCACAAGGAAAUUUCAAGCUGUGCUAUGGUUGUAAACAGCCUGUGAGUGAUGCCGACAUGGAAUCUCCAGAAUAUGAAUAUGGAGUCUCCUGUCCUAACUGUUUUGCUCAGAAGUCAGAAGAAGAGAAGGAGAGGGCUCGAGCUCGACAAAAACAGUUUGAGAGAUGGGGGAUUAUAGGUGGUCCUGAUAAGGGCCGCCGGCAACCGGACGGCCCUAGUAGAAAUCAAAACCAACUUUCACAGUCAGUUUAACUUAGUCAGGAAUGGACAAAUAAGAUAACUUCUUUGUUAUAUUCCUUUUCUUAAAUGUGUUAUAUUAGUGCAUGAAACUAAUAUGUGAUUUGAACUUCUAUGAAUGAUUUAUUGUCAUAGAAACUAUUUGGUGGCUAAUCUUUUGAGAAUGACCACCACUUUUUGA